AUGGCGGCGGCACUCUUUGUAAUCGACAUACAAAACGACCUAGCGAUCGACCCAGAAACCUGUGUGCCUCAUGCAGAGCGAGUCACAGCCGCUGGCGAAUUCAUCCUCAAAACGGCUCGCGCAUAUAUGGAGACGGAAACUGGCAGCACCAAACCCCCUCUCGCCAGCAUCGUUUUUGUGCAGCACGAAGAAAAGCCCGAAGAUGGCCCGCUGGUUCGAGGCAGUGAGCCAUGGAAGCUGGUGUUUGAGCCCCGCGCGGGCGAAUCUCGGGAGCGCCUGAUUCACAAGACGACGCGAGACACCUUCGCAUCGAACCCGGAUCUCGCGGCUGAGCUCAAGGCGGCAGGCAUCAACCACAUCAUCGCCUUCGGCAUCCAGAGCGAGUGCUGUGUCGAGUCGACGUGCAAUGGCGCCAUUGAUGCCGGGUUCGGGGUCACGCUGUUGUCGGGAGCACACUCGACCUACGACGACGGCGACAAGACGGCGGAAGAUAUUGAGCGCGAGGUCGAGGACCGCUUGGAAAAGAGAGGCGCCGACGUUAUUGAUUGGACAGAGGCUGCUUUCAUGUGGGACAAGGGUCAUGGGAUCCGGCCUCCCGCCCAACAAAAAAGAUGA